AUUAAGAUUAUUAUAAGUGGUUAUCAAAAAAUGUAAGAAAUGAGACAUGUGAUCUAAUGACCUAAAAUUAUGAAUACAAAAAUAUUUCAUAUACAAUAUACAAUGCUUAGGUCAUAAAAAGUUACACUAUAUUAGAAAACUAAAGCAAAAUUUCACAUAAAAAGUAUUUAAUAGGAAAACAAAAUAAAUCAUGUGCGAAAAAUUACAAAAAAAAAAUUUAUUUGAGAAUUCAAAUUUGAGAAUUUGAAGGAAAACAUAUAAAUGAUUUUAAAACUAUCUUCUCUCCUAUAGUGAUCACUUUAAUAUUUACAUGCCUAACAUAAGGAUUUUUCAAAGCCAACGUAUUAUAUUGUGGAUUACUAAUUGAGCUGACAGCAUUGACAAAACAUUACCGGAAUUCUUAUAUUUACUGUAAUUUAUGCAAAAACAUUCACAAAAUGUGGGGGAAUUCAUUAGCGUCAGGUUGUGCAUCCGAAGCCGAUUUAGGUUUUUCGCCAUUUGCAACAACAUCACCACCUGGUGGUCCACCAGGAUUAACUGGUAUAUCAUAUUUAAAGUCAGCGCCUUAUUUAAUGACAGUCGAUUCGUUACAUUCAAUGGGAUAUCCGGCUGCUGCAAAUCCAAGGAAACAAAGACGAGAACGAACAACAUUUACAAGAGCACAGUUGGACGUAUUAGAAGCUCUGUUUGGUAAAACACGAUAUCCUGAUAUAUUUAUGAGAGAAGAAGUUGCAUUGAAAAUUAAUUUACCAGAAUCUAGAGUUCAGGUAUGGUUUAAAAAUCGUCGCGCUAAAUGUCGUCAAAUACAGAAGCAACAACAGCAGCAGCAACAUUCUAGUGCAUCAAUUUCAGCAUCGCUACAUCCCAAUAGUAAUAAUAGUAGUAAUAGUAAUAAUAUUGGAAAUGUUCAUGAAUCGAAAAAUAUAAAUAAUUCCAACACAAACAAUGAAAAUCAAGAAUCACCCUCACAAAUUGGUCGUUUAAGAGCUAUUUCUACAACGAAACUAAAAAGUUUGCAAAAGCCAAUAUCAGCUUUAGUUAAUAAUAGUAAUAGUUCAGCAUCAGCACCAAACACAACGAACUCAAGUUUCCUAAAAAAUUCAAAUUUAAUUGCUGCAGGAAAUGCACACCAGGGCUCAGCAAAUUAUACAGGAAACUCAAUAUGGUCACCUGCAUCAAUUGAAAGCAGUUCAUACCAAAAUUAUUCAGGUUAUUAUUCUAAUAUGGACUAUAUAGGUUCAACCGUUCAACAACAACUUGACAAUGUGAUAGAAUCUGGAUGGAUGAAAUCUCGUGAAGAAAACUGGUUCUAUAAUAGUCCAGCCAAUUGGGAUGCACAUAGGCCAAUGAAAUAAAAUUGGUUGAAAACUUUUAUUAGACUAUACUAUAUAUGUAAAUUCACACAAAAAACACACCAAACAUACACAUAUCGUCUAUGUAUUCGUAAUUUAAGAAAAUAUUUGUAAUCGUUUUUUUAUUGAAACAUAAUAAUUUGGCAUGAACACUAUUAAUUGAUUAAAUAUAUUCUUUUUUUGUUUUAUUCUAAAGAGUCUUACUUUUACUCGAUACUUUUUUAAAUCAACAGAUGUGUGCAUAAUCUGGCAUUAAAAAUACUCAUUUUUUAGAAACAAAUAUUAAGAAACUAAUGUUUCUGAGUUUUGUUUUAUUUUUUUUUUUUUUGAGUUUUCUCCAAAAAAAAAUAAAACAAAAGCUCCUCACGGAUUUAUAAAUAUACAUGCCAUCGAUUCCCAUGAAAAAUAAGUUUUGUAUGUAUUAUCUAAUCUCCAGUCUAAUAAUUGCCAAUGUUAUAAUUUAAACUGAAUGAAACAAAAAUAUCUUAUGAUAUCAUUCUCAGUUAAAAGUUACCUCGCAU